GUCGUUUAUUUUGGGGCGUUAUUUUUGAGCGGUUUGCCUGCAUUGUCAAACUCAACGGCAAUCAUCCUACACAAGUUUCUGCUCUGACCACUAGUCAUACGAGUUAGCAUGUGGCGUGUCUAUAGACCUGCAUUUGCAAUAUGAAGAAUGGAAGAAGACGACGUGACGAUCAGAGAACAGAAUUUCCACAGCCAAGUUCGAGAGUACAUCAUCUGCUUCCUGCUGUUUGCGGUCCUCUAUAUCGUGUCCUACUUCAUCAUCACCAGAUACAAAAGGAAGAGCGAUGACCACGAGGAUGAGGAUGCUGUCGUCAACAGAAUCUCGUUGUACCUGUGUACCUUCACCCUGGCUGUGUCGGGGGGAGCUGUCCUGCUGCUCCCCUUCUCCAUCAUCAGCAGUGAGAUCCUGCUCUCCUUCCCCAAGAACUACUACAUACAGUGGCUCAAUGGAUCCCUUAUACAUGGGCUAUGGAACCUGGUGUCUCUCUUCUCCAACCUGUGUCUGUUCGUUCUCAUGCCCUUCGCCUACUUCUUCCUGGAGUCCGAGGGCUUCGCUGGCUCUAAGAAGGGCCUCAGAGCGCGUGUGCUGGAGACCUUUGUGAUGCUGUUCCUGCUGGCGCUGCUGAUCCUGGGGAUCGUGUGGGUGGCGUCGGCUCUCAUCGACCACGACACCGCCAGCAUGGAGUCCCUCUACGGUCAGUCUGCUGGACGCCAUGUGGCGAACAGGAAAGAGUCUCACUACGACCUGUGGGACUUCUACCUGCCCUACCUCUACUCCUGUAUCUCUCUGCUGGGAGGCCUUCUGUUGCUCAUGUGUACACCAGUGGGUCUCUCCAGGAUGUUCACAGUCAUGGGCCAGUUGUUGGUCAAACCCACGAUCCUGGAGGACCUAGACGAACAGAUUUACUGCAUCCACUUACAGGAGGAAGCUCUUCGCAGGAGACUAAACGGAUGCUCCUCCCAUUUGUCGUCCUGCAGCGGCUCGGAGCCCCUCCUCCACAAGGAGCUGGCCAGCAUCCGGACCCACCGGAGCAAGCUGGAGAGGAGGAAGAAGGCGUCUGCCUGGGAGAAGAACCUCCUCUACCCCAUAGUGAUGCUGGUUCUGCUAACAGGAACUACCAUCUCUGUUCUGAUGGUGGCGCUGAACAUCCUCUACCUGCUGGUGGAUGAGACUGCCAUGCCCAAAGGCUCAACGGACCGGGGGAUCGGAAACACCUCCUCACUGUCCACAUUUGGCGUCGCUCAGGCUGCCCUGGAGAUCCUGCUCAUGUUCUACUUGCUGGUGUCCUCCGUGGUGGGCUUCUACAGUUUGAGGGGCUUCCAGAUUCUGACCCCCCGGCAGCACGACACUACUAUGACAACGAUCAUCGGUUGCUGCGUGUCCAUUCUGGUGCUGAGUUCCGCUCUGCCGGUGAUGUCCAGGACGUUGGGUAUCACCAGGUUCGACCUGCUGGGGGACUUCGGGCGGUUCAACUGGCUGGGGAACCUUUACAUCGUGCUCUCCUACAACCUGCUGUUCGCCGUGGUCACCACGCUGUGUCUGGUCCGCAAGUUCACCUCCGCCAUAAGAGAGGAACUGCUCAAAGCCCUGGGUCUGGAUAAAUUACAGCUUUCACACAGCCCCACUGACCCCGAGACCGGGAAACUCUCUGCCAACGGCCACCAGAAGACUCUGUGACACACACACACACACACACACACACACACACACACACACACACACACACACACACACACACACACACACACACACACACACACACACACACACACACAAAUGGACUGCCAUGCUGAAGGACGUGCAGCGUUGCGGUGGAGGAGGGGAGCGGACUUGAUAAAGAUGGUGGAUGAGGGAUGCUGCCGUCAGGACCACAGCAAUAUAGCUUCAUGACAUUCCAUCGCCUGCGAGAUGGAGACCAAUAGCCCCUCCUCCCGCUCCUCCUCCACCUCCUCUCGGCAGGUGAAUCAGUGCACCUUCCCCCACCCCUCUCCUCCGCUUCUGUCGUUACCAUAGUUACUCGUCUCCAAUGUACAGGUCAGUGUUGUCGGUCUGGUUUGUGUCCGCCCGGGUCUUUUGUGUGUUUGGGGUCAACCUGUCGUGUGGUCCAGCUCCUGUACAGAUGAUCUGGUUCCAGAAACCCUUCAACCUAUCGUCUUCCCCGUCUGGUGUCCUCUGAGGCCAUCUAUGUGUCUCCGUAUCGCGGCGUUGUUGUUCUCAUGGGGGGUGGUGGGUCAUUGGGUAACGACUGUCCUUAAUGUAAUUAGGGGGGAUUGGCUGGGUUUUAUACAACCUCAUCACGUACACUGUGUGUAUAACACAGUAUCACAUGAAGAACACGUGAUGCUCAAGCGGCAUCAUUAUCAUCACCCUCAUCACCGUGGAGACAGUGGUUCCUACUGAUUGGCCACUGUCCUUUUAUUUCUUCAGGAUGUGAACUUUUAACUUCACUGAUGAAGCUGCAACGUCAUGUUUUUAGCCAGGUUUGUGGGUUAGCGCUAGGCUAGCUGGUCUCGAGGUAGCAUUCUGCUUUCUGUUCCAGGUGAGCACUUUGCUAGCUAUUGUCGGUUAGCAUUAAGCUAGCUUUUCUGGGUUAGCCCUGCACUAGCUGUUCCAGGUUAUUGCUCUGUUAGCUGUUCCAGGUUAGCAUUUAGCUAGUCCAUCGAGGGUCUGACUGUAUUUUGCACCUCCGUCUUUAGUUUAUUUAUUUAUUCAACCAAAUGGGACGCUUCAUGAGGUGUGCAGCAGCUAAGCAGAACCUUGUAGAUUGCCGGGGAAUUUAGACCCACCUCUACUGCCUUACAGCACUGCUGGCUCCACCGCAUCACACCUAGCAUCUAGCAUGGAACUACUCACAGCUGAAUGCAGUCAACCCAGAUGUCUCUUUCCCAUCAGCUAGAGUCUCCCGAUAAUGUAGAGUUCAAAUGCAAAGUCACAAAACGUUGAGAUGACAAAAGGGACCCAAAUCCAUUUAUGAAAAUCUAGGAUAACAUGGAUGAGGUCAGACUCUUUCAAGGAAUAGAAACCGCCCAACAGAGGAGUAUGGUUGGUGAAUACGGACAAUUUGCAUCCCCAUCUCCUUGUGAGGUCAAUAGCAGGGCUGAUUUUGUCUGUCUUCAUGCUAGCGAACAUGUUUCCUGUCUGUUGGUACUUUCAUAAAUGUAUGAUGUUUGAUCAAGCCAUUGAUCAGUGUUCCUCAUUGAAUUGAGUUAACUUUAAAGGACGAAGUUAAAGAGGAUUGGUGGUGGGUGGUAUCAUCUAAAUGAACGCUAUGCUAACUGAAAAUUUAGCCAACUGACUGCUAAAAAAAGCUGACAUCUAUAGUCACUGACAGCUAAUCUAACAAACAUCUAAUCUAAUCGAUAGGACAGCUCAGGUGGUCAACAGGUAUACCAGCUGACAGUUUAGCUAACUGACAGCAAAGCUAAUUGGCAUCUAAGAUAACAGACGUUUGCAGAGGUUUGCUUAGCUAGCAAGCUAGCAAAGCUGGUUCCAUGCUAGCAUGCUAGAGAUCUUUGUUUGCUUUGUUUAGCAGAAAAGCCAUGUCCACUGAUUUCAUGUCCACAUUAGCAGAUGCUAGCACUAGUAGUCUGAAAAUCACAUUCUCCAGCACAUCUGAAGAGCGACGGAUGCUAAGAGACCCUACGUCUUUCAGGCUAACCCUUAGCAUAUGUGAAGCUGCGCAGUUUACUUCCUGUUUCUUACUUCCUGUUUCUAUGUCUGUCAGUUGCAUGUCACGUUUCAGAAGGUUUUUGUGAAUGUAUUUUUUACUCUUUUUUUUUUAUGAAUGUUUGGUUUUUUGAUGUCGCUCUGUUUGCAAAUAAAAAUGAAGGGAAUAAAAGCA